CGUUCCCGAGGCGCUUAGAAAAACUAGGGUUGAUUUUUUUGAUUAGUGGAUACAAGGACGGUGACGGUGACGAUAACGUUAGCUUAUGAUGUGGACAUACAUAAUACAUGCUCGGUAGAAAUGGAGUUUGUUUGCUUCCUGGAGUCCAUCAGCUACUAGGAGCUAGUUCGAUGGGGUCCGUGUCGUUUCGGUACCUACUCAGCGUUGAAAUAGGUUCUGAUAGGGAUCAAUGUCAGGUACCUACAGUACCAUUGGAAGGAUCCUUGGCGUGUAAUCGGCCACAUCAUAUUAGCAUUGGUUAUACCGAAUCUUCAUCCUUGUCCGGACGGUUAGGGCACCGAAGAAUCUCCGGGGUCCGCAUCCACCCACUUUUAACCUUACUGUGUAGCUCUCAUGAUUUCCAGUUAGUACCUGGAUUGUGGAUGUUGAGCUACCCGUUUAUAGGAGUCACUCAUAGGCCAGGAAAAAGGAACCAUAUGAUAGUGGCGAUAUUCAAUAAGCCUCCUCGAUCUAAACUGUAGAUAGUUGGAAUGUGAUCAUGACUGUGAUCACAUCAGAACUCUAAGUACAGGGGUGACUUUCUUUGUUGUGGUCGUCUUCGUGCAUUCAUUCGUCUAGGUUGUAUUUGAUUUUUGUUGGCUGCGUUUCAAACUGUUUGUCCGCGUAAAUUGACUGGGUGGGAGGGAGGCGGGGGAGAAAAGCGGUAUUCCAGCACGCUGGGAUUAGGAUCAAGAGCCGGAACUCCGAACCCCAGUCCGAUGGACGUCUCUCUAUGGGUGGUUUACUAGGCUGGAUAGUUGAAAAACAUAAAUCAUCCCGGCAUUCAGGUACCCGAGGAAUAUGUGCAACGGGGCGGGAUGUAACCAGAGAGGGGGAUAGAGAGAGAGAAGAGGCAACCGCUAGCAAGCGACCCAAGAUAGGUACCUAAGGUAGCAGGUAUAAGAAGCUCACGGACGAAUACGAAAUCACAAAGCCGUCCGGGAGGGCAAUGGCUUCGGAGCGACAGCCGAGGUAGCAUAUGCAAGUCUGCUUCUAGUUGGAUCGAAAAGCACCCUAGACGGUGGAAAAUUGAGCAUGACGAUUG